UUCACCCAUGGGAAGUGACUGAAGGAGGAAGUUCAAGGGCAAGAGUGAGUGCCAGCAGAAGGCUGGGAGAUGGAGUGCAGUCUGUAGCUUGUUCCUGCUGCCAGGCUCCACCGAGGGGAACGGGGACCUGUCUGAAGAGAAGAUGCCCCUGCUGACGCUCUACCCGCUCCUCUUCUGGCUCUCAGGCUACUCCAUUGCCACCGAAAUCACCGGUCCAACAACGGUGAAUGGCCUGGAGCGGGGCUCCUUGACCGUGCGGUGUGUUUACAGCUCACACUGGGAGACCUACUUGAAAUGGUGGUGUCGAGGAGCUGUUUGGCAUGACUGCAAGAUCCUUGUUAAAACCAAUGGAUCAGAGCAGGAGGUGAAGAGGGACCGGGUGUCCAUCAAGGACAAUCAGAAAAACCGCACGUUCACUGUGACCAUGGAGGAUCUCAUGAAAACUGAUGCUGACACUUACUGGUGUGGAAUUGAGAGAACUGGAUCUGACUUUGGGGUCCCAGUUCGAGUGACCAUUGACCCAGCACCAGUCACCCCGGAAGAAACUAGCAGCUCCCCAACUCUGACCGGCCACCACUUGGACAACAGGAGUGAGGGUUCCCAGGCUGCAAACUACAGACCUGCAGCUCAUCAGGGGACGCUUGCCACUGUUUCCAGGCACAACCUCCUGAAGCUCAGUGUCCUCCUGCCCCUCAUCUUCACCAUACUGCUGCUGCUUUCGGUGGCUGCCUCGCUCUUGGCUUGGAGGAUGAUGAAGCGCCAGCAGAAAGCGGCCGGGAUGUCCCCAGAGCAGGUACUGCAGCCCCUGGAGGGUGACCUCUGUUAUGCAGACCUGACCCUGCAGCUGGCCGGAACCUCUCCCCAAAAGGCUACCACGAAGCUCUCCUCCUCUGCCCAGGCUGACCAGGUGCAAGUGGAAUAUGUCACCAUGGCUCCCUUGCCGAAGGAGAACAUUUCCUACGCAUCUCUGACCUUCGGUGCUGAGCAUCAGGAGCCGACCUACUGCAACAUGGGCCACCUCAGUGGCCACAUCCCCAGCGGGGGUCCUGAGGUGCCCAUGGAAUACAGCACCAUCAGGAGGCUUUAGCAUGCACUCCAGGCUCCUUCUUGGACCCCAGGCUGUGAGCACACUCCUGCCUCAUCAACCGUCUGUCCCCUGCUCCCCUUAUCAGGACCAACCCGGGGACUGGUGACUCUGCCUGAUCAGCCAGCAUUGCCCCCAGCUCUGGUUUGGGCUUGGGGCAAAGUCUCAGGGGGCUUCUAGGAGUUGGGGUUUUCUAAACAUCCCCUCCUCUCCUACAUAGUUGAGGAGGGGGCUGGGGAUAUGCUCUGGGGCUUUCAUGGGAAUGAUGAAGAUGAUAAUGAUAAAAAUGUUAUCAUUAUUAUCAUGAAGUAUCAUUAUCAUAAUACAAUGAACCUUUAUUUAUUGCCUACCACAUGUUAUGGGCUGAAUAAUGGCCCCCAAAGAUAUGUGUGUCCUAAUCCUCAGAACCUGUGACUGUUACCUUCUGUGGCAGAAAGGGACUGUGCAGAUAUAAGUUGAGGACUUUGCGAUAGGGAGGUUAUCCUUGCUGAUUCAGAUGGGCCCAAAAUAUCACCACAAGGGUCCUCAUAAGAAAGAGGCCAGAAGGUCAAAGAGGAAGAGACAAUGAGAUGAUGGAAGUGGACAUGGGUGUGAUGUGAGCAGGGGCCAUGAAUGCCGCAGGCUUCACAUGCUAGAAAGGGAAAGGAACGGAUUCCCCUGCCCGGAACCUCCAAAAGCAACCAGCCCUGCCCACUGCUUGACUUGAGCCCAUUGAAACUGAUCUUGAGCUCCUGGCCUCCAGAAUUGCAGGAGAAUAAAUUUGUGUUGUUUUUAAUAAGCCA